AUGUCGGUGCUCAUCGUCACCAGCGUGGGCGACAUCGAGGUGGAUCUCCACACCGACCGGUGCCCCCUCACCACCAAGAACUUCCUCAAGCUCUGCAAAAUGAAGUACUACAAUGGGUGUCUGUUCCACAAGGUGGAGAAGGAUUUCUUGGCGCAAACUGGCGAUCCAACUGGAACUGGCACCGGUGGUGAUUCUGUAUACAAAUUUCUCUAUGGUGAUCAAGCUCGAUUUUUUGAUGGUGAGAUCCGUCCAGAGUUAAGGCAUUCAAAAACUGGAACUGUUGCUAUGGCCUGUGCUGGUGAAAACUGCAAUGCCUCUCAGUUCUACAUUACCUUGCGGGAUGACGUGGAUUACCUUGAUGAUAAACACACUGUGUUUGGGAUGAUUGCUGAAGGUUUUGAUACGCUGACAAAAAUAAAUGAAGCUUAUGUUGAUGAUAAAGGAAGACCAUUCAAGGACAUAAGAAUUAAGCAUACAUAUGUCUUGGAUGAUCCUUUCGAUGAUCCUCCUCAGCUUGCUGAACUUAUUCCUGAGAAUUCUCCUACAGGAAAGCCACGUGAUGAGGUUGCAGAAGAGCGUUUAGAGGAUACUUGGGUUCCUUUGGACCAAACAGUGGCCCCUGAACAACUUGAGGAGAUGAUCCGCUCUAAAGAGGCACACACAAAUGCAGUAAUACUUGAGAGUUUGGCAGAUAUUCCAGAUGCUGAGAUUAAACCGCCAGAAAAUGUCUUAUUUGUUUGUAAACUCAACCCAGUAACACAGGAUGAAGAUUUGUACACAAUCUUUUCUCGUUUCGGAACUGUGACAUCUGCUGAAAUAAUUCGUGACUACAAGACUGGAGAUAGUUUAUGCUAUGCUUUUAUUGAAUUCGAUACAAAGGAGGCUUGUGAGCGUGCAUAUUUCAAGAUGGACAAUUGUCUGAUUGAUGACCGAAGGAUCCAUGUUGAUUUUAGUCAGAGUGUUUCAAAGCUGUGGGGUCAGUUCAGACAAAGUAAAAGAAAUGCAAAGAAAGAUGGGUGUUUUAAGUGUGGUGCCCCUGAUCACCUAGCCAGAGACUGCGAUCAAGAUGGCGAGCAGAAAAACAAAGGCCCAAAUUAUGUUCUGAAAGAUGAAAACACACAGCGUGGUGGAAAUCACCGUCGAAGCUAUGAUCUAGUCUUUGACGAAGACGAAGCUGAUUAUUCUGAUAAGAGAGAUCACGAAAAUGGCCACAGAAGAAAGAAUCGAAGAAUAGAUGAUCGAAAAUCAGAGCUGCCACCUCACGGUGAUCGUGGUAGAAAUAGCCAUGAGAGAACACACAGUGAUGAGAAAGGAAGCAGGCAUGGGAAAGAUGAUAGGAACCGUGGGGGUCAGAAACAUGAUGACUACCACAGUUACAGUAGAUCUGGUGAUAGAAGCUCUGAUAGAUAUGAUGAUCGUGAUUAUAGAAAGCACUCUAAUAGAGGCAGAAGUGGGGAGGAAGAGGAAGACUACAGACGAAGGGAUAAAUCUGAUGGAGAGCGGCGCCAUAGAGAUGAGAAGAGCGAUCGCCGGAGAGAUGAAGACGGCCACAGGAAAAGGAGCCCAGAUAGUAGACAUAGAAGAGAAGACGGAGGACACCAUGUGAAAAACCAGCAGUCUGAUGAUAGGUCCUAUAAGGAGAUAAGGCACAGAGAUGGUAGAUAA